AUGGAUACUAAACUGGUAUCCUUCGACAUAAAAGAUCUAUACCCAUCGAUACCAAUAACGGAAACAAUAGAUAUCGUAUUCAAAAUACUGAUUGAAAAAACAGGAAACAGAGAAAUCGCCGUAGAGAUAACUAAUACACUCAGAACGACGUUGCAUCAAAAUUACUUCAAAUUUAACAACAACAUAUACAUGCAAACAAACGGGCUAGGCAUGGGCAACCCCACAUCGGCGAUCCUUAUGGAGGUAUUCAUGCAGAAUUUGGAAGAAAGGUACGUGGAGUAUCUUACAUCACAACUAGGAGCGACGUUCUACGCCAGAUACGUAGAUGACAUCAUAUGUCUUAUAACAAAGAAAAAUGAAGGACAGAUAUUGGAAUACCUUAACAAACAGCACAGCAAUAUAAAAUUCACAAUGGAACAAGAAAUGCAAGGAAAGCUAAAUUACUUAGAUCUGACGAUAAAAAUAAAUAAAAGCACCAGCAGUCUGCAAUAUGAAAUUUUUAGGAAGCCCACAGCCACAGAUACAAUAAUACAUAAUACAUCGAACCAUCCUCAUCAGCAUAAAAAAGCCGCCUUUAGACAGAUGAUCAAUAGAAUUGAGCGAAUACCACUAACAAAGAAGGAUACAACAAAGAACUAA